CAGUUCGGAUGUGUUUCCUUGAACCUUGGGCGCGAUAGUGGAUAGCGAGACGGGUGGGUUGCACAAUUUUGUGUUGAUGAAGGAUGAACGUUCGAUAAAGUGUUGAAUGUUUGCUUAGUGAAACGAAAGUGAUGAUGUGACGUUACACAGCUGAGGGGAAAACAAACAGUCUGUUGGAAACAUAAGUGCAUAUACAGAAACCGUGGCCAGGAAUAAACUAACACCGAGGAAUGGAACUAAUUUGUGUUGUGUAUUGAGCGAACUUUUCAUUGGACAAAGUGCAAACGAGCGAAAGCCAAUGUUCGAUGGUUGAAUUAAAUUAGGAAUUAAAAUUGAAUUAUACUUCUGUGAACUCAGUGUGUGCAAAAAGUUAAAACCAUAAGGAUCAUUUACUUCAAUUCACUUGGAGAGACCGAUCGACCAACAUGGUGAUAGUACAAUCAAAUAUCAUCACAUCUAACUGUCCCAACCGGCUGGGUCUUGAGUGGGACAUCAACGAUCCCAACGUACCGCUGGUAGCUGAAACCGAUUUGGAUGAGUUCAACGAGUGGAGUGACGGACACUGUCGUUACAUCUACCGUGCGAUGGAUGACCUGGCGAAGCGUCACUCCUCCGGCUGGGCCAUGAGAAACACCAACAACCACAAUGUGAGCAUCCUGAAGAAAAGUUGCUUGGGAGUUUUGGUUUGCUCCGCGCGGUGCGUUCUGCCCAAUGGCGAUAAGAUUAACCUGCGUCCUGCCAUUUGUGAUAAGGCAAGGAGGAAACAGCAGGGCAAAUCAUGCCCCAACCGGUUAUGCAUUGGUGGCGUUCUGGAGAUUCUCCCAUGCCGGGGUCACUGUGGCUAUCCGGUGACUCACUUCUGGCGGCAUACCGCUAAUGCUAUUUUCUUCCAAGCCAAAGGAGUGCACGACCACCCGCGACCAGAAUCGAAAACCUCCGGUGAAACUCGUAAAAUUCUCGGCAUCGGACGACGGGAACGCGUGCUGAAAGCUAUCCAAACGAAAGUGACAAAGAUCACAGCUUCGAAACAAACUAAAAAAGUUACCAAACAUCUACUGGAAUCCGGGAAAUCUCUAUCGGCGGGUCAUUUGAAUCGCCUGAGCACGGAAAACAGCUACAAUCUAACAUUCCCCGGCAAUUACAAAUCAGCCACUCAGUGUGGCUAUUCAGCAGCCCCAGCCAGCCAAACUUCCUCAGCCCAUGCCCACCAGUCCGCCUUCGAUUACAACCAAUCCUACUACUAUGACAACUCCAGCUUCAUCCAUCCGGAGGAAAUCUUUCAGCUGGAUCAACCCAUCCGCCCAAUCAACAAAUACCCGAGCAGUUCGAACGGCAGCCUCCACACGCUCGGCAGCACACCACCGACGGUAAUGGACAUGGAGAGUGGCAACAUCUACAAAAAUGCCGUCGCCAGCCCAGACUAUGGCGUCCGGUACCUUGAUUGCAUCAAGUACGAGUCAAGCAGCACCGACACGGACACCGCGAGUCUCACCAGUGGCUCCAGCGUGUUUGAUGACUUCUCGUACUACUCCAGCCCCCAAAUCGAUUAUCAGAACGUCAACACGGCGAGCAGCAAUAACAACAACAACAACAACAGUGUGACCCUACCCGACAUGAACAAAAUGAACCUGCGUCUGUCGGACGACAUCAAUUCUUUCUUUAUUGGCCCAUCGAGUUGCGUGACGCAGAGUAAGCUCGUUGAUGGCGUUGGCGGCUCGGCCGAAGCCAAUCAGCUCGAGAACUAUUGUUACGAAAAUUACAGCAAUUCGGCGUCACCGAAUGCGUCGGCAAUGAUGCUGUCGUACAGCGAUUAUAGUGAGGGUUCCAGUGGGGACGCCCUCGUUCCCGGUGGUUCCACAGUAGAGCAGACCGGGCUUGGUGUCGAUAACUGGUGGAGCAGUGGAGCAAUUGGGUUGACAGCUAGUAACGGCGGUAAUUAUACAACGGCGGCGGCGGCGGGUUGGAACCAAACCGAUAGCAUCACUUAUGGAAGCCAUCAGCAGCAACAACAACAGCAGCAGCAACAACAGUACUAUUUGAUGGGUCAGGCUGACUACUUGAGCUAAACGCGGAACGCGGGGGGAUGAUGUAGUGUGAUUAAGAUUUGACAAAUUGUUGUUGAACUAAGACAAGGAAUUAAGAGGAUCUCUAAACUGUUGAAAUGUUGAGUUUAUUGCCGCAUCGGGAAGUACUCUCGUCGGACUCAUUAAGUUUCAACGUGAAUUAAUCAAAUGUACCAACGUAGUAAGACUUGUGUUUUAUAUCGUAACUUUAUUAAGAUAUUAUUUUUUUCCAAAGCUGUACUGAGUGUAAUUGUCUUCUCUAGGAGGCGGGAGCAUGUUUCCAAAUGUAAUUAGCAGUUACAAACAUUGUGUUUU